AUGGCGGCGAGACAGGGCAGGGGUUGGGCGCCCGGCACGGGGGCCUUCGCGGCCGUGGCACUGGCGGUGGGCGCGGGUCGACAGUACGAGUGGGAUGGGGUCUCCACAGUGGCGGCGUUCCGCGAGCCCGCAGCGCACUGGAGCCAUGGGCAGCGCCGGCCUACGUGGCCGCACGCGCUCACGCUCGCACUCGACCCGCCCUACGCCAUCUUCUUCGAGGGUGGCACCGCGCUCAUCUUCAUAUUACUGCCCGGCGUCACGUGCGUCUUCUCCGCCAAGGUCCUCGGGGCAUCCAUCUCCUUCUGGAUUGAAAGGUUGCGAUGCCUCUCCUCUUCUCUUUCCCUUUCGUCCUUGCUCUAUCGUGCUCUGCUGCGUUCCUGA